UAGUUACUAAUGGUUGUAUCCAUUGUACUGGAAAGAAAUCCUGAGCUAGAAUUUCAAGACAAAGUAGAUCUAGACAAACUGGUGAAAGAAGCAUUUCAUGAAUUUCAAAAAGAUGAGAGUCGACUAAAGGAAGUUGAAAAACAAGAUGACAUGACUUCCUUUUACAACACUCCCCCACUGGGAAAAAGAGGAACAUGCAGCUAUUUGACAAAGGUUGUGAUGAAUUUGCUGCUAGAAGGAGAAGUCAAACCAAGCAAUGAUGACCCAUGUCUGGUUAGCUAGUGAGGAAGGUGUAAGAGGCUCUGCUGAGACACAUUUUCUAGAAGUGUGUUAAGUUUUGUGUUGAAGCUUAGUUCAGGCCGCCAUUAAAUGUAUGGACUGAUUUUGUUGGUGAGGUGGUUGCCAUACCCUUGGCAGUUACUGGACCUCUUGCACGCCAUAGUCAAUCUAAUGGUAUGAAAUGCUUUAACUAAGUGGGAAAAAAAGAUCUCAUGAUUAUUAUGCCAACUACAAUAAUAAUCUUUAACAAUAGAAACAGUUAAUGAAUUGAAAGUUCACCACUGCAUGUUUUGUGAUCACAUAACUCAUCAAAAUGAAUCUUUGCUCUUUGGACUAAAUUCCCAACUUACUGCCAUUAAAAUGAAUUUGCUAGCUAGAAAUGCAUACAGGAAAUGAAAAGAUAAUGAAAGAAUGGUGAACUGAACUUAGUGGCAUUGUCAUAUUAGAAAAAAAUAUUAAAAUCAUAAAAGCAAAUCUGCCAGCCUAUGUUUUGAUUCUCAGAAACUGCUUUGUUGAUUAUAUUUUAGUAUACAGAGCUGUUGUACGAUUUUUACCUUGUAAACAUGACUGUGAUUUUGUAUUUGUGCUGACUUUAGGGGUGGGCUAAAAUACAGUGUAAUCUACACCUAAUCAGACAUUUUCUUUGAGCUCUUACUAAAAAUAUGGCAUGUGUAAGAUUGUUCAGAAGUAUGGACUGUUAACCUAGUUUGUACUAGUAAAAACAAAAUUGAAAAUCAUUAAAUUUCAUUUCUGAAUUAAUGAA